AGAUCACAUAAGCCAAAACUAUUUGGUAUACAAAUUUCCAAGACUCGCUACAGUUGCAUGCUCGAUCAUGGCAAACAUGAAGAAACCUACCAAAGAAAGCAGACUCACAAAGUUCAUGAAGGCCCCCCUAAGGGUUUUAAUCAAGGCCAGGGAUUUCUACAUCAUGAGCAUGACCGAGUGCUCCGGUCGAUUCGAUUACGGCACGGUCAUGGGUUGCCCUGCUGCCCAAGUCCCAAGCGCUUUGCCUAGAAGCUUCAGCACAAGCUCUACCAAAUCAAGCACUGCCGAUAACGAAGAUUACAGGGAGCUUAUGAGGGCUGCUUCUGAUAGGAGCGUAAGGAAUAAAAUUGAAUUCGAUCUGGCGCGAAAAGCUCAGCUCCCUAGGCAGCCUCCGGUGGCAGGAGUGCCCAACGCCAUGCCUCGCAGUCGAAGUGUUGGAAUCGGAAGGAUCGACGAAGACAAGAUGUGUGAAUUUAAUGAAGAAGAAGAAGUCAAGAUCAAGAGAGCAGUGUAUCUGAGGAGUAGGAGCUAUGCUGUUUCUAGGAGAACAAAUUAGAAGGGGUAGCUUUUUAUAUCAAAGUCAAUUGUAUUAUGUUGAUCUUAAUAUCCUUUUUAGUUCAAAUGCUUGAGCUAGUGGAUUGUAGAGUGGGGGUUGUUAUAUAAGAUUUUAGUUCUGCAGAUUUUGAACCAGUAUUUGCUAUGUAAAACAGUAUGUGAAAUGAAAGAUGUAUAUUAUAGAGCACGAAAUGUGUUCAUCAGUUAUCGGAACUGUCAAUGUGGUCA